AUGGCCACCCUGCUCCGCAGCAAGCUGACCAACGUGGCCACGUCCGUGUCCAACAAGUCCCAGGCCAAGGUGAGCGGCAUGUUCGCCAGGAUGGGUUUCCAGGCGGCCACCGACGAAGAGGCGGUGGGGUUCGCGCACUGCGAUGACCUGGACUUCGAGCACCGACAGGGCCUGCAGAUGGAUAUCUUGAAAACCGAGGGCGAGCCCUGCGGAGAGGAGGGCGCCGAGCCGCCCGUCGAGGGAGACAUCCAUUACCAGCGCGGCGACGGCGCGCCCCUGCCGCCCUCGAGCUCCAAGGACCAGGCCGUGGGGGCUGGUGGCGAGUUCGGGGGCCACGACAAGCCCAAGAUCACCGCGUGGGAGGCGGGCUGGAACGUGACCNUCGCUCCGCAGGGCAUGUUCGUGCUGGGCCUGCCCUACGCGAUCCUGCACGGCGGCUACCUGGGGCUGUUCCUCAUCAUCUUCGCCGCCGUGGUGUGCUGCUACACCGGCAAGAUCCUCAUCGCCUGCCUGUACGAGGAGAACGAAGACGGCGAGGUGGUGCGCGUGCGGGACUCCUACGUGGCCAUCGCCAACGCGUGCUGCGCGCCGCGCUUCCCCACGCUGGGCGGCCGCGUGGUCAACGUGGCGCAGAUCAUCGAGCUGGUGAUGACCUGCAUCCUGUACGUGGUGGUGAGCGGCAACCUCAUGUACAACAGCUUCCCCGGGCUGCCCGUGUCGCAGAAGUCCUGGUCGAUCAUCGCCACGGCCCUGCUGCUGCCCUGCGCCUUCCUCAAGAACCUCAAGGCCGUGUCCAAGUUCAGCCUGCUGUGCACGCUGGCCCACUUCGUCAUCAACAUCCUGGUCAUCGCCUACUGCCUCUCGCGGGCGCGCGACUGGGCCUGGGAGAAGGUCAAGUUCUACAUCGACGUCAAGAAGUUUCCCAUCUCCAUUGGCAUCAUCGUGUUCAGCUACACGUCGCAGAUCUUCCUGCCCUCGCUGGAGGGCAACAUGCAGCAGCCCAGCGAGUUCCACUGCAUGAUGAACUGGACGCACAUCGCCGCCUGCGUGCUCAAGGGCCUCUUCGCGCUGGUCGCCUACCUCACCUGGGCCGACGAGACCAAGGAGGUCAUCACGGAUAACCUGCCCGGCUCCAUCCGCGCGGUGGUCAACAUCUUCCUGGUGGCCAAGGCGCUGCUGUCCUACCCGCUGCCCUUCUUCGCCGCCGUCGAGGUGCUGGAGAAGUCGCUGUUCCAGGAGGGCAGCCGCGCCUUCUUCCCCGCCUGCUACGGCGGCGACGGCCGCCUCAAGUCCUGGGGGCUGACGCUGCGCUGCGCGCUGGUGGUCUUCACGCUGCUCAUGGCCAUCUACGUGCCGCACUUCGCGCUGCUCAUGGGCCUCACCGGCAGCCUCACGGGCGCCGGCCUCUGCUUCCUGCUGCCCAGCCUUUUCCACCUGCGCCUGCUCUGGCGCAAGCUGUUGUGGCACCAAGUCUUCUUCGACGUCGCCAUCUUCGUCAUCGGCGGCAUCUGCAGCGUGUCCGGCUUCGUGCACUCGCUCGAGGGCCUCAUCGAGGCCUACCGAACCAACGCCGAGGACUAG